AUGGGAUCCUCCCGGCAAGGCCCCUCCAAGAAGGCUGUAAAAGCCGCCCAGGGUCGCGGCAGCAGCAAAAGCGAUCAGAAAAAAGCACCGCGGGGUGGUAAUACGCAGGGCAAGCAGCGGCUACAGGACGAGUCAUACGGAAAUCAGGUUGACAUCCCCGCCACCAUUCCGUUGACCCUACAGCAACUGCUUCUGAACGUUUUCAAGUCUGCUCUACUCACACAAAGAGUGCCCAGCAGUCGGGCAGAUAUAAGCGCCGCCGGCUCGGAGGCUACUAGUGCCAACCUCGCUCAUGCCCGCGAGGCGACCGAACGAAAUCAACUGGACAUCAAGGGUCUCAUCCAGACCAUCAAGUCUCACCUCUACAAUCGAGAUUUUGACUCGGCAUUCACUGAUGCCGAUGAGGACCUCUUGCGGGCGUAUGCCCUGCGAUGGAGCUCCUCACGGGCCCUGGGUUAUGUGGGCAUCUUCAGAGCCCUCCUCAAGGUCUUGCUCAAGCCUGUGACCCAGGCUGCCACUUCAUCUCAAGCCGCUGAGGAUAGCCAUGUGGUAUGUAUAGGUGGCGGUGCAGGUGCCGAGAUUAUUGCCCUUGCGGCUGCCUGGAGGGACUGGACCGAUGCCGUUAAUGGCAACGAACAGCAACCCACGAGCUCGGGAGAGCAAACGGCCCUUGCCGAUGCCGUAGAGGGUCUGUCAUUGCAAGAAGGGGAGGAAGGGUCGAGUGGACCCGAGCACACAGUCGAGGGACAAGCGGCGUCGAAGCCACGACACAAGCUCUCGGUUACAGCCAUCGAUAUCGCGGACUGGUCCAGCAUCGUGGAUCGUCUGGUUUCCACCAUCCAGUCUCCGGCAGUCACCGGAUCAAACUCCCAUCCGGCUCCCUUGUAUGGAGAUGCUGGCCUGAUGAGCCCGGCGGCGCCGAGAGGCAGUGCUCCCAGCUUCCAGGUCGGGUUCCAAAGGCUGGAUGUUCUUUCAGCCUCCGAGGAUGAGCUGCGAAGGCUGUUGCGCCCUAGCCAGGAGAAACAGGGCGCCCCCAACACCGUCAUGGUCACUCUAAUGUUCACUCUCAAUGAAUUAUUCUCGACAUCUAUGGCCAAAGCAACGGGCUUCUUGCUGCGUCUUACGGAUAUGCUACAGCCUGGUGCUGUGCUUCUCGUUGUAGACAGUCCAGGAAGUUAUUCGACGUUGAAAUUAGGGAAGACCACCGCUACGGGGACUGCUACAGAGACCUCGGAAAGGCAAUAUCCGAUGAAAUUUCUUCUGGACCAUGCGCUGCUUUCAGUCGCAGCCGGUAAAUGGGACCGGCUGUUCUCGCAAGAUUCGCGCUGGUGGAGACGGGAUGCAGCGCGGCUGCGGUAUGAGGUCGGGGAAGGAGCUGGCUUGGAGGAUAUGAGGUUUCAGGUUCAUAUUUAUCGCAGAUUGGCGGAUUAAGUCUGUGUGUCGCUCUGUUAACAUCAGUGUUUGGCUAUACUUCUUUCUCUUUUGGUAAACACACCCGGAAUUUGCCCAUGCUUUUUGGUCUAAUACACUUUGCUAUACUUGGUCUGGAGGGUUGCAAGAUUGAAUACUAAUUAAACAAACACC